AUGUCUAACCCAGGAAACGUUAUCGGAGGCCACAAGGCCAAUCUCAACAACCCCAACACUUCCGACGAAGCCAAGCAGCACUCCAAAGAGGUCCUCUCAAGCAUCGACAACGGCGGUGAGGUUCCUACGUCAAACUCCAGCUCAAGCGGCGGAGAGAAGAACCCCAACAACGUUGCUGGUGGCCUCAAGGCUACUCUAAACAACCCUAACACCUCGGACGAAGCCAAGCAGAGCGCUAAGGAGAGGCUUGGAGAGAUGAACUAG